AGAGAGAGAGACAGAGAGAGGAGAGACAGAGAGAGAGACAGAGAGAGGAGAGACAGAGAGAGAGACAGAGAGAGGAGAGACAGAGAGAGGAGAGACAGAGAGAGGAGAGAGAGACAGAGUGGACUUCUGUCUCGUGGAGGAACAGAACAACAAGGAGGCGUGUGUCAUGCGUUACCAUGACGAGAGCAGCACUCAUCAAACUCUUCAUCCUCAUCCUCCUCGCCUUCAUCAUCUGUCUCCCAGAGUUCUUCACUUCACACAGAGUGAGGGUAAACUUCCACUGUGUGACCUUUGAUCCCUGCGGGGACCAGGAAGUGACAACGCAGUGUGACCCCGGUCUGACCCCUGCGGAACAGAACUCCAACCGGAGCGGCGAGGGAAAGCCAGUCUGUAACACCAGGACGACGGGUCCUGGAGUGAACUGGUUGCUGUGUGACACGGAGACGGACCUGCCCGCUCUCCGUGGCAACGCCUCGCUGUCAGGGAGGAGGGUGGCGAUAUCAGUGUUGUCUGAAGGAGGGAACGUGACUUUGUACGGCUUACUGACAGACGAGAAGAAAGAGAUGGAGGAGGAAGAGAGGAAGGAGGAAGAGAGGAUAGAGGAAGGACAAGGAUUCAUCUACUGCUGUCUUCGAACACCAUCCCUUUCCAUACCAACCAAUCACAGCCAGUGUCUCCUUCAUCUCCACGCCCAUGGAACCAAUCAGACAGCUGUAAAGUCUGACCUGCCCUGGACACGGCCACCUAGAAGUGAGUGGCUGUGUGUUUUCAGCGUGGCGUGGUUGGUCCUGGUAGUUGUGGUCGUGCUGACCGUAUUCACCACGGUCCUGGGUCUGAUCUACAGGAGGACACGCUGCUGCCCAAAGGAGCCCAGGGUGUAUCCAGUCAGUGUGUUCCAGACCAGAGGAUUCAACAUGGACCUCCCUCAUGUCUCUGUUUCACUACAUCACUCCUCAGAGCUGCUGCUCUGUGGAUACAGGACUACACACUGGACAGGCCUGUUGUCACCUAUUCAUGAAGAGAAUACUGCAGAGGAGGAGCCUCAUCAGGGUUACUAUGGUAAUGAAACAGCGCUCCACCACCGCGGCCACCCUCUCCCCUCAUCCCUUUCUCCUGAAGAGCUCUAGAUGAACAGAGCAGAAGACAGGAACAACAAGACAUUUCUCCCUUUUAACGUCUUGACAUUUUUUUUUUUGUAUUAACAAAUGAAUGGGGUCCCUGAAUGGGGUCCCUGAAUGGGGUCCCUGAAUGGGGAACCCUGAAUGGGGUCCCUGAAUGGGGUCCCUGAAUGGGGAACCCUGAAUGGGGUCCAUGAAUGGGGUCCCUGAAUGGGGAACCCUGAAUGGGGAACCCUGAAUGGGGUCCCUGAAUGGGGAACCCUGAAUGGGGUCCCUGAAUGGGGUCCCUGAAUGCGGAACCCUGAAUGGGGUCCCUGAAUGGGGAACCCUGAAUGGGGUCCCUGAAUGGGGAACCCUGAAUGGGGUCCCUGAAUGGGGAACCCUGAAUGGGGUCCCUGAAUGGGGAACCCUGAAUGGGGUCCCUGAAUGGGGUCCCUGAAUGGGGUCCCUGAAUGGGGUCCCUGAAUGGGGUCCCUGAAUGGGGUCCCUGAAUGCGGAACCCUGAAUGGGGUCCCUGAAUGGGGUCCCUGAAUGCUGCCUUGAUGGUGUGGGAGCUGGGGGGGGGGUUAUUAACAUCCUCCUGGGUCCUGGAAAUCCUCAAAAGUCCCCACAAGGACAGUAAAACAAGGACAUUUCUCCCUCGUGGGGAUAUUUCCCAGGUCCCCACGAGGACAAAGGUUAUUUUAGAUUUACGAUUAGGGAAAAUAGGACUUUUUUUUUAUGGAAAUACAUUGUGUGUGUGUGUGUGUGUGUGUGUGUGUGUGUGUGUGUGUGUGUGUGUGUGUGUGUGUGUGUGUGUGUGUGUGUGUGUGUGUGUGUGUGUGUGUGGUGCGUGUGUGUGUGCGUGUGUGUGUGUGUGUGUAGUGUGUGUGUGUGUAGUGUGUGUGUGUGUAGUGUGUGUGUGUGUAGUGUGUGUGUGUGUGUAUAAAGACAUGGCUCUGAAACAGAUAAAAGGUGUUUUAUUUUUAUUUUUUUUGUAUUUUGUGAUUUAAGGUUUCUGUUGUCAGAUUCCAUCUCCGUUACCAUAGCAGCAUAUUAAUAAAUGAUCAAACAACGACUUAAUAAAAUACACAUAGAAAUAUAGAACAUUAUAGUUCUGGUCCUUUGUCUUUGUCCGUUAACGUCAAGGUUAGUGUUCUACCAUUGCAACAACGUCAGGGUUAGUGUUCUACCAUUGCAACAACAUCAGGGUUAGUGUUCUACCAUUGCAACAACAUCAGGGUUAGUGUUCUACCAAUACCUGCUGUAUGUAGCCUAGCGGUUAGCGCGUUGGACCCAGUAACCAAUACCUGCUGCAUGUAGCCUAGCGGUUAGCGCGUUGGGCCCAGUAACCAAUACCUGCUGCAUGUAGCCUAGCGGUUAGCGCGUUGGGCCCAGUAACCAAUACCCGCUGCAUGUAG